GGCAACUUCUGAUUGAAAUAAUAAUAGUAGGGGACCCGAGAGUGAGUAAUUUGACUGUGGUUAACCUUAAGGAGGUUCUACAGUUACGUUGCAAGUCAGUGUAGAGUCACUGAGAGUCACUGUUUUCGCUUAACUCACGUAGUAGUAGAUCUGGCAACGUCGCGUCUCAUACGUAUAUAUAGGUUAGGUGAUCAAACAUUACCUUUGAUAAGAAAACGAAGAAAGGUCGAGGUGAAAAUAAAUUGGAAACAGUUGCAAACAAUAUACACUGGUGCACUGCGUUAAAAGUAUAUAUUGCCAUAGUCUGUUACAGACGCUAGCGUAUAACAUGUCUGAGUGUAAACAACCAGAAGAAACUGAAGGAAAACCAGCAAGAUUUUUUUGGAGAGGUAAAAGAGUGACCGAAAAGGUGUACAAACGAAGAUGUUUAGAUCAAAAGUUAGCCAAAAACUUAAGGAAUAUCUACGGUACGAAGAGAGGCACUUAUAACCUCAAAAAGGAUAAAGUCGAAAACGAUGGAAAUUGUGAAGUGGUUGAAGGACGUAGAAUCGUACACGUAAAAACUCUUGGAGAUCAAAUGUUUUGCAGAAAGUGUAAAUCUAUACUUUCCCUGCAGGAUAUUAUAAGUGAGAAACGACAUGGUCUAGCUUCUGUAUUCGAUAUCAAAUGUCGAAACUGCAAAGUAAUAUCCAAAGUUGAAACGGACAAAAAACACGUAGUUUGUAAAGAUACAAAACAUGAUGCUUCCGAUCAAAACUGCAGUUGUAAAUCCAAGCAAUGCCUACAUUAUGAUACCAAUACAAAGGGUGUUGUAG